GCUCGAAACGCGUUGGUUAGUUCUACAUUCUAUGGCUGGCCAGAGUUGGAACACGCCUUUAUUUUCGUACCACUCUGGAAGGUACAGUUUCCAGGAGUCAGUUAUAUUAACUCUAUGGUUUCCCUACUCUAAAAUUGGUUCUUUAAUCUAUGUCUUGGCGUUGGAAUGGGCUGUCUGAGCGUGCGCGUCAGCGCAAGCGACAGGCUGAAUCCACUAAUCCAGAUGAUAUAGCUAGACGGCAGGCUGCGCUAGAUAAAUCAAGGGCAAAGUUGGCUGCUGAAACACCGGAGCAAAGGGCGGCCAGAUUAGAACGUCGUAGAAGAGCUUACCAAGCACAGAAGCGAGCCAUGAUCGAAGCUACUGCAGCCGCCGCCGUCGUCGUUCGGCAACAUGAGCCAAGGGGGCCAACGAUCGGCGACGUUGGGGUCGAGGCCGCCGGCGGCGUGAGGCCGCGUCCUACGAAAGCGAGGAAAGCUCCGGCGGACGCCGAGGAAACGAGCCUGAGGCGCUCGGAAGGUCAGCGACGUCGGUGGCAGGCCCAACGCGGGUGCCCCGCUCCUCUUGUGAGGCCAGCGCCCGCUGGCCCCGAGGAGAAAAGACGGCAGUGGGCCGAGGCGAAGCGACGUAGCAGGCAGCUACAGCUCCAGGCCGAAGACGAACGACGACGGCGGGAAGGCGCCCCGCUUCGAGCGGGACGCUUUUACCCCAAGGACGACGAAGAAAGGAAGAAGCGACGUGCCGAAACCCAGCGGCGCCGCAGGCAGGCCCGGCGCGAAGCCGAUGAACUGCGACAACUCCUGGAAGACGGUCCGUCGCACGGCGAAACGCUACCGCGGCGGUGCGAGGCUCAGCGGCGUCGUAGGCGGCUCGAGCGCGAAGCGGCCAACGCAGGCGUUGGGCAGCGCUUGCAAGACGAUCCCUUCGGCUUUGUCAUCGGGGUCAGUAGCUUGCUAUCGCCAGUCCUCUCUUUGGCUCGUCGGAACAGGGGCACAGCGCAGGAGUCUGACAGGGACGAAGAAAGGCGCAAGAAAUACAGUGCUGUUGGCGAUGCUGUAGAUGAAAAGCCGUUGGCAUGCCACAGGUGCAAGUUGUCAAGCACCACCUUCCACCGGGAACCAUGGCUAGGUUACGAUAAGUGCGUUGGCGAGGACAGCACCCUGCCUCAGCAUGCCGAUCGAUCUUGUCAGACGGAACACCACAUCACUCUAGUCCGGUGCGCAAGAUUGCGCGUUUCAACUUGCUGCAUUGGAGUCCAGGUUGAUGUCUCGUGACUGUGAUAUUAAGUUCCUGCGUAACCAGGUUGACAGAAUAAGGAGAAGCUGCUCAAUGCAACAGCUGGCAGCAUCUGGGUGGCCUCGCGGCAUACCUGUCCAUGACGACAUGGAGGCCUCCCUCACACUCGGACGCAAGAGCGAGAAAAGUGGCAAAAGCAGGCGAAUCUUCUUGCGCCGUUUGAUGGCUACACUGCUUGCAUUUGACGCCACAACUUUUAGCUACUUUCACAUGUGCAUGUGCUGAUGACGUGCAGUUUUUUCGGCAACUGUGACAUUUGCCAGUUUGUAAUUUGAAAGUGUUCACCCAUUAUCAAAAGUAUGCAAACCUGGGCUUCUGCAACUAAGGACGAAUUUCCUCAAUGCCUGGGCAUGCAACAUGAAACUGAAGACUUCUGUUCGGAUUGGCGUUGCAAACAUUGCAGCGUGUCGGGCAGUUUCGGGUUGUCAGUAUGAGUUGUCAGUGAAUUUUGUUUUACGGAAGUCCUUUUCUGCAUACCUUGAUCAAGGGUGUACCUGUAGUCAUUCGUCAACUCUAGAUGAUGUAAACUGUCAGUUUGGCUUUGCUGCAAUGCACAGCCAUAUUCAACAAACAUGUGCAGCAGUCUGGCUGCUUUACUUGUUUUUGGGGCACCGUUGUCUAGCCAGUCUAAACCUGUCAGAAUCACUGACUGCUGCUGCCAGCGGCGGCAGAACUGUGAGAUGAACUCUCAACUAUCUAAAGGCACUUUCAAAAUUGCAUUGAGUGAUUUGUGUUACAUCAACUCUUCAGCAUUAUUGGUGUUCCAGCAUGUCUCUGCAGGUGCAUGGUCUCUAUCAUCAAUACAUUCUACUCGUGCGUUUGCACUGCAGCAUUGAAUUAAUUUCUUUGUUCAGCUGUCCUUGGCCCUGUUCAAUUUAUUGUGACCUCUAAACUUAAUUUACACACAGUGAAACAGCUCCCAGUUUCACCAAGAUGAAAUCAGAAUCUAUCUAAGGAUGCGCAACCAGACUAAUGCAUUUAGUGCAGUACACGCAAAAAAUUUACUCAUGUGAAAACAUGCAUGCAUUCACGGCUAAAAAAUGCUGACCACAAUAGCUUGCUCAUUGUGGACACCAUUUACUAUCUUUGGGUGAAAUGUUUAUAUUCGAGUGCAGUUUCUGUCUUGCCUUUUGAUUAGCUGUGGCAAAGCGUAAAGCUUUAGAUGUGGCAAAAGUCGGGCCCCCCUCCCCUAAUCGGCCCCUGCCACCUUGUUUUCUGCCUGGCUUACUAUGACAGCAAUUAGAGGUUGAAGCUGUCCCAUCCAUCAAUUGUUUCUACUAUGCUGCUGCUGUCAUGUCAUUGUCAUGAGUUAAUUACUUCAUCUAAGGUUCAUGCUUCGCAUAUGUAUGCCAGUCGGAGCAACUGAUACAUUAAAGACAGUGAAGCUGUAUAAGUGAGUUCUCACACUCUUCGGAAUUGCUAAGCGUCUGAUGUGUGGACAUAUAACCUCAGUUAAAGUUGCCACGGGAUGGAGAUUUGGUGCAUGCAUUGGCCAUACCUUUGUGUGUCAACAGCUUGACAAUGGUCAAAAUGCAGACUGAACACGCCGCAUGCAAGCGUGUGGGCUUGCAGCAACUGUGUUGACACACUAAGCCUUGUCAGUUAUUUCCCUAUGGGCUAGGCCAGUGGUUCUCAGCCAUGUAUGUGUUGGGGACCCCUUGUGGACCGGUGGAAGUAAAGGAGGAAUCCUUGCAGUGACGGGGGGCGGUUAUAAAUUAACACACCAUGUGGCUUCAAACUACUGCCUUUUAUUGCACCCUGGCAAAGAAUGGUCAGACAAAAGGGCCGCGUCAAAUUCAAUCUGGACAGCUUAUCAGUACGUGGUACGGUCAUGCUUAAGCAGAGUUGUGUACUAUCUGCAGCCACAUUCAACCUUUUCUGUAUUUGGUAUUGAAGUAUGCAAGCCUGGAAAAAGCAUGCUUGCAUGCAUACGUUGUAGAAAACUGGAGCAGGUUCAGGAACUGGAGCAAGUCCUGGAACUGGGAAUCAGUCAAGGCUAAACUGGUCUCCAAAAAAUUUGCAUAUUUUUUGUUUUGCGGCUGUGUGUUUCGCGGACUCCCAGAGAUGGCUUUGUAGAUCCCCCUUUGAGAACCACUGGGCUAGGCAGUAAAAGGAAGUUUCAUUUUAGAGAGCCCCUCACCAGGUGUGGCCAUUUUGAGCUGACAAGCGCAGUGCAUAGAAUGCGCCCUAACGAUCGUGUCUGCUAAGUAUUGCAUCGCUACGCACCACAGAAAGAGCUGAAAUUUUGAACCAAACGCUGUUCGCCCUUCUUGCGGGCUCCGUGCUUCCAGCCGGAGGGUGACGUAUAUAUCACAAGUGAGCUAUGCUGUGACGUCACUCUCAGUGACAUGUGACUUUGAGAAUUUUUCAAGGCAACAUUCAUUCUUGUAUCUCCAGUGGUAAAAGUGCAUUUCCUGGAAGGAAAUAUACACGAAGAGUAAUUGAUAACUUUGUACUAGGGGUGUGCGGAUAGCGAAAACUUCUAAUAGAAUCGAAUACAAAUAUUCGAAAAUAAUCCGCUUCAAAUAUAGAAUAUGCCACUCCUAAACAAAGUAAAAUAUGAAAACUCCCGUGUACUCUGUAUUGCAACAAAAGGCUUACUUACAUCAUUUGACACAUUUAAUGCCAUUAUCAUCUGGACUUGAGCUCAUUUGCCAAAGCUAUUUGCAAAGCUCAUUUGCAAAAGAGAACAAAGGAAAUGUGAAUAUCUGGUGCACUAUGACAACGGCAGUAAUUCAUCAAACAAAAAGCAUGUCAGUAGAUGCAAAUAGAACUGCAGCGCUAGUAUGGUGGCUAGAAGGGGACGUGUCAGAAUCGGCGCGCGAGUGAAGGAGCAUCUCUUCAUGACGAUGCGGCGGCGCUGCUGUCGCCACCGAGACGCCUGUGCUUCUUUCGCCUCGAGCAGCGCGGCGGCUGCUCACUAGCUCGCACGUGCACAGCUUGGGCAGAGGGACUUAGGGGAGUGGCGCUGUUGCUAUGGGCCAUGAAACCUGGCCUUAUCACCAUAGCUGCAUGCAAAGGCCCUGCGGUGCCGAAGUGGUGUAUCGCAAAAACCUUCUGCUGUCGCCAGAACGAACGCCAGCUAAAUGCUAGAGGCUAAGGCAAAAAUAAAAAGACCUUCUGAUAAGAGAUUGAUGUAGAAACAUUUCUUAAGAAUUAUGCCCCGAUCGUACAAGCAGAAACACAAGAAACAUUUAUAGUGAGAUCAUUGAAGUGAAAAGAAAUGUUGCAGUUUAUUUACAACCACAUACACAGUUCUGCAUACAUGCAAUAAUAGCAUUGCAAAUGCAAUACAUUUUGGCAAUAUUGGCCUUUUGACAACUCCAGCAAGAAAAAAAGCACUGAUGUGUAUCUAAUGUUGCACAUGUAAUUUUGAGAAGCCUCAUCCUCUCUCUUUUUCCCUGCCUUGCUGCAUUGUCUGCUGCAAUUAAAAAGGGCAUUCUAGUCAGAGUGAAAAAGCGAGUCACUUGAUUUUUGAGCUCUGUAUUGUGAUGUGCGCAGCCUA